UCACCUCUUUAACCCUACCAUCCCAAAAUCCCCAAUUCACUUAGCUUUUUGAUCAUCUCGAUCAUGGCUUUCUCCGGCAUUGUCACCCCACCAUCUCCACCGUACGCCGCCGGAAAAAAACCUGUUUUCGUCCGUUCGGUUUGGGCGAACAAUCUGGAGUCUGAGUUUUCGUUGAUCCGUGGCUUGGUCGACCGUUUUCCUUUUGUUUCAAUGGAUACAGAGUUCCCUGGUCUGAUAUAUCGGUCGGAUAUACGUGCUAAGAACCCAAUUGAGCUCUACAACAAUCUGAAAUCGAAUGUUGAUGCUCUUAAGCUGAUUCAGGUGGGUAUCACGCUGACUGAUGUGUACGGUAACCUGCCGGACUUUGGCUGUGGUUAUGGUUUCAUCUGGGAGUUCAACUUCCGUGAUUUUGAUGUGUUGCAUGAUGAUCAUGCACCGGAAUCCAUUGAGUUGCUCCGUGAUCACGGGAUGAAUUUUAAGAAGACGCGUGCUCGUGGUGCUGAUACCACAAGGUUUGCUGAACUGAUGAUGUCCUCUGGGCUGCUUUGCAAUGAAGCUGUUUCUUAUGUGACAUUUCACAGUGCUUAUGAUUUUGGCUACCUGAUCAAGGUUAUUACUGGCUGUAACCUGCCAGGUGGGUUGACAGAGUUUCUGAAGUUGAUGAAGGUGUUUUUUGGUAAAAGGGUUUAUGAUGUGAAGUAUAUGAUGAUGUUUUUCCCGUAUCUUCAUGGCGGAUUGGACCGGGUUGCUGAAACUCUCAUGCUGAAUCGCGUAGUUGGGAAUAGCCAUCAGGCUGGCUCAGAUAGCUUGUUGACUUGGCAUGUGUUUCAAAAGGUGAAGCAGGUCUACUUAGCGGACAAUGAGGCUCACACCGAGAAGUUUGGUGGUAUUCUCUUUGGGUUAGAGGUUCUUUCUCCCUAGAUGUAGUGUUCUAAUUUCAGAAAUGCUGUACAAUCCUUUACUUAAUUGAAAGGAGUUUCAUUUUGGUUAAUGUUAUGUCCCUAAACAUAUAUGUCUGCAUGACUUUAACUCAAUAAAAAACGUAAGGGUGGUCAUGAAACUUUUGAGUACUGGUAGUUCACCUGUUAAACCCAACUUUACUUUUCAAACUAGAAGUUGUUGUUUAUUUGGAUCAGUGAGGUAAAUUUGGAAUCUUUACAUGUCAAAUCAACACUAAGAUUAAUUAGUCCUUAGACUACUUCAUUCAUUGAAUACAAAGAGUGGGAUCAUCAGAUUUCUGGUCUAGUGGGUUUAAAACCACAACGAAAAUCUGAGUUUGAUUCCCCAUAAUUACAUCGUAGGCUGUUUCUUUAUUUCAAAAUUUUUGUGUUCCUAUAGGGAAUUGAAAAUCAGAACAUCCUUGUGGUUCGGCUAAAAAUUCAGAGAAGAAGCUUGCAUAUCAAAGUGUUUAGUGCUAGACUGUAUUGAUAGGUCAAUGUUUUGUAAAUAUUCAAGAUUGGAGUGUGAGGGAGUAGAAGGAUGUGUAUAAUUUUGACAGUCAUAGUUGGUGAUUUGUUACUAUUUGUCUUUAGAUGAGCUAUUGAAUACUAGACAAGAAUCUGCUUAAGUAAACCUUGUUGUGAUGGUUGUUCAGAAUUCACGUCAAACAUGGUGAUACAGUUAUAAAUCGUGGUAAUUUAUGCUGUGCAUCCAAUUUCUUCAACCUGAAUAUAUGGUUUAAUUGCAUCAACAAGAUACAUUGGAGAACAUUAGAUGUUGAUUAGAGCUAUGAAUUUAUUAGUCCUAGAUGAGUUCACUUAGUGGUUCAAAGAGUAGAAUUAGUGAACUUGUGAAGUUUAGUUUGUGUACAAGAUUUGUGUUUCUUGUGAGGACUUAAUGUUCAUGCUUAGCCAAAUGAAAUUGAGAGAAGUAGCUGAAAUUUGAAAUGUGAAUGUUCAACGAGAUGAAUUGUGAUGUAAGAUUAGAGUUUUUGGCUUUUGAUGGUUUGGAAGUAUUAGCUGUGAUAUCUUGACAAUAAUGGGUCGGUUACAGUGGUUUGUCUUUAUAUAAGUAGUUGAUUAUCGAUAAUCAUCUCUUAAAUAUUGUUUGUUGCAGAAGUGGUUCUAAUAACAUUUAAAUGCAUCAUUUAAAGUUGUGAUGUGGUUGAGCUGGUUACAAGUAGUUUGGAAGUAAAUGUUUUUACUUAGUUGGUGAGAGUUCUUUUGUGACAAAUGAGUUUUCGUAGUUAAUUUUCUUGGUGAUUGAGAAAGUGGUUUGGAGUAGUGUUUGGAAGCGAGAAUUGAGCAAAAGUGGGAAAUGAAAAAAAGUGACAAGGGCUCACUUCAUCGAAGUGAGAAGUGUGAAGUGAAGCACACACUUUUUUUUUUCUAAACAAAGCACUAUUUAGUAUAAAAAUAAAAAUAUUAAAUAUGCAUAGAUACAUGAUUAAGCACUCAAAUCCUCCGGGCUGGCCCAGUGGUUUAUGCUUGAGACUUCCAUAUUGGAGGUCUCAUGUCCAAAACCUCUUGCCAGCGAAAGCAAGGGGUUUGACUUUCGGGUCGAGCUCGUCGCAUCGAGCUUGCCUAGUUCUGGUUACCUCUCUUGUGGGGUUUGCGAGCUAUUACAUAGGAGUGCACACCAAAGGGUAGCGACGGUAGCAACUGUCGAUUUUCCUUGCCA